UUGGAUCUCCCGGGUGUGUGCGUGUGUGUGUGUGUGUGCGGGUUUUUUGUCUUCUCCGCUUGGCUUUUUCCUGCUGUGUGUGGAUGCUUGCACGCUUUCCAGGGCCCACCGGCUUCGCGCUGUCGUGGCUGUCCGUUCGGGCCUACAGUGCCGCCGCUCUCCUCAGUAAUCGCGAGAUCCCGCAGCAGUGAACAACCAGCGUACGGGCGCGGUGCAUGUGUGUGAUCUGUUUUUAUUUUUCAUCUCGUCGCGUUUACGCGCGCGCAUCCAAGCCGGUAUUUACGUCGUCAUCGUCGUCGUCGUCUUGGUCGUCGUCGUGGUCGCCGUUGUCAACGUCAAUACCGUGGUCGUGGUCGUUGGCAUUACCGUCCUGCCAUGACGACGCCGGCAAGUACGCAUUAAAGUUUUUUGUUUUCUUUCGUGAAUAUUAAUUCCAUCGCUGUGGUAGUAAUUGCAUUGUGUUAUGGUGCGUUUUUUUAAAAUCAACAGCAAGUUGUUGUGAAAGGGCAAGAGUGCAGUUUUAAGAUCGUUUCGUGGAAAACUACAGUGAUGUGAGUGUAGAGUGAUUGUGUUGUGAAGGAUACGGAAAGUCACUUAAGAGGCAAAACAUAUUGCUGUGAAACUGUAACACUUUUCGAUGUAUAUUUGUAAAUUGAAGUGAAUGGCCAAAAUGAUUCAACAGAAGCUGCCACGGGCUGUUUUAACGAUAUUAACAGUACUCCCAUUGAUGGUGCGGCACAGCUGCGCGGCCGAGCAGCAAAAAUUUAAACUGACGCCGGUGGAUCUGGUCGUGCCGGAGGGUUCCGAGGCGCUGUUGCGAUGCGAAAUCCACAACGCAGCCGGUUCGGUGCAGUGGACCAAGGAUGGUUUUGCGCUGGGGUUUACGCAGAGCAUACCGGGAUAUCCCAGGUACUCGGUGCUCGGUGACAGUGGCCAGGGUAUCUACAACCUGCGGAUAGUGAACGUCACGCUCGACGACGAUGCCGAAUACCAGUGCCAAGUGGGACCAUACAUGCACCACACACUCAUCCGUGCCAAGGCAAAGCUGACCGUAAUAGCUCCACCAUCUUCGAUACAAAUCCAGGGCUACAGUCAGCACGCGAAGGCCGAGGUACGGGAAGGCAAAGAGCUGUCACUGACAUGCAUCGUUCCGCACGCGAGACCAGCGGCCCGGAUCGUUUGGUACCGGGCGAACGUGGAGUACAAAUCAGACACAAUCGACACAAAGACCGCAGAAACGGAAGAUCGCCGAUACACCGUAACGUCCAAGCUGCACCUUCGACCGACCGCGGAAGAUGACUACAUCGACUACACGUGCCAAGCCCGACACCAGGCAAUCCCGGAAGACCGUCCAAUGCAGGCCACCGUGCAGCUGUCAGUGCUCUAUCCUCCCGGCGUACCAUACAUCGAUGGAUACAACCCUGGCGAAGCGAUACGAAGAGGACAACACGUCAAACUGGCCUGUCGCAGCCGUGGCGGUAACCCACCAGCUCAACUGAUCUGGUACAAGAACGGGAACCAGGCUCGAAUGGCGUACAGGACGACUGAUCGUCUCUCAGAAAACAUCUACUCCUUCGUAGCUGAAGCAACAGACAAUAAGGCACGCUUACGCUGUGAAGCCAACAACAUAAUGGCGACGAAGAUUCUAAAAGCUGAAAUUACGCUCAAUGUGUUGUUUGCACCAACGCAAGUAAUAGUAUCCGGACCAUCGGAAGCACGCAUAGGCGAUAAUGUACCCCUACAGUGUCAGACAACGGCCUCAAAUCCUGCCGCCGAAAUUAAAUGGAUCGUUAAUGGAAAGCAGGUGGUGAACGCUUCUUCCAAAGUAGUUGCAAGCCCCGAAGGCGGUUGGGUUACAACAUCCAACAUAACAGCGACGGUGGAAGCCAACAAACGUUCGCUGAUUGCCAUUUGCCAUGGCGUUAACAUGCAACUGCCUGAGAACGUACAAUCCACACACACCGUCAAUGUGCUCCUUCCUCCUGGACCACCAAUAAUAUCAGGAUACACGGAAGGAUCGAUCAUAGCGGAGGGUUCAAAGCAAAAGCUCAUGUGUAUUUCUUCUGGAGGCAAUCCGCUGGCAACGCUAGUUUGGUAUAAAAACGAUAAAAAGAUCAAAUCCGUAAGCAAAACGACGGACCAGUCGGUUUCGGCCGAACUGUCGAUACUGGCGAACGUAACCGACAAUCAGGCACAGUACCGGUGCGAAGCCCACAACUCAGCCACCGAGAUUCCGCUGUUCGAGACGAAAGUUCUGACCGUGCACUUUGCUCCCGAGACGGCCAAGAUACGGAUCGAACCGGCGGAGCUGCGGCCCGGCAUCGAAGCGACGCUGAUAUGUGACUCCAGCUCCAGUAAUCCACCGGCAAAGUUGGCCUGGCGGCACGAAGGAACCGUACUGGAAGGUACGAACAACUCCUCGAAAGCUGGACUGUGGGGCGGUACUGUGUCUUCGCUCGAGCUGAAGCUGAACAUCACGCAGGAUAUGGAUGGCCACGUAUACACCUGCCAAAGUACGAACGAGAUGCUGCAGCGUAGCAUCAACGUGGCUGUCAAUUUGCCAGUGCUGUAUGAGCCCCAGUUCUCACCGCCGGCCGAAACAACCGUCAGCGGAGUGGAGGGUGCACCACUGACCGUUGCCCUGGUCGCGACCGGUAAUCCCUCGUCCAUCGCCUACACCUGGACCAAGGAUGGCGGCCAGCGGAUCGUCUCGUCCGGUGUACCGAGAAUCGUCUCGGAAGGACCGAUCCUAAACAUUACCAAGCUGAGGCGCACCGAUGCUGGCGUGUACACGUGCGAAGCCGUCAACUCCCAAGGGUCGGCGAUGAUUAAUAUCACCGUGCAAGUCAAGUAUGCUGCUACGAUAAAAUCCAUUUCGGAACCCGUUAUCGUAAACCCGGGCGAGGAUGCAGUGCUAAACUGCACCGUUGACGGAAACCCAUUAACGCCGGAACACGUACGCUGGGAGCGCAAAGGGUACGAUCUGAAGGCAAAAACGACGACGGCCUACGCCAACGCCACCAGUACGCUGGUGGUAAAGGAUGCCCAACGGGAGGAUGUGGGCAAUUUCCGGUGCAUCGCCGAUAAUCGUGUCGCAGACCCGGCGGCCCGUGAUGUGCUAUUGAUUGUCAAAUUUGCACCCGAGAUCGAUAAGUCGCCCGCAAUGCUACGGGCAGCGUCCGGCCCCGGCGAGCAAGCCCGUCUGCCCUGCCGUGCCCAGGCCGCACCCGAACCAACCUUCCACUGGAUACGAUCGGGCCAGGAGCUGAGCGUCAACCAAACGUCAAAGUACAAAGCGAUCCAGCGUCAGCUUGACCCACUAACGUACGAAUCCAUCCUCUUAAUCGAACGCAUUGCCUCGUCCGACUACGGAGAGUACGAGUGCCGGGCCAGGAACGAUCUCGGAAGUGGUUCCGGCAUCGGCCGACUGGAUGUAAAAUCUGCCCCAGAUCCACCGACCACGCUAACGGUGCUGAACGUAACGCACGACAGCGUUACGCUCGGCUGGGAGCCCGGUUUCGACGGUGGACAUCGGGCCAGCUACCGGAUACGGUACCGGGAAGCGUCCUCCGAGCGGUACCGGUACGAGGAUGGACCACCGAACGGUCGGCAGCUUACCGUGACGGGGUUGCGUAGCAACACGCUCUACCUAUUCUCAGCCAUGGCCGCCAACGUGCUCGGGGAGAGCCGUUACCUGCCCGAUCUGACCCGCGCCCAAACUCGAGACCCUCCACCAACCGAUACCGCAUCGUCCGUGCUCGGCAGUAAGCCACCGCUGGAAUCUUCAUCCUUCCUAGGGCCCUCGUCACCGGUGGGACCGUCCGGGCUGGUGCUGCUUGGAAUUGGGGUCGCGGCCGGCAUCUGCCUGGUACUGCUCAAUAUCCUUCUUAUCGGAUUCUGUCUCUACCGGCGCGGACUGCCCGGUGCGAGUCCCGGUGCACAUCGGGCACGCCGUGGACGCCACAAACACAGCAACACAGGACCGUACGCUGCUGGUGGCAGUGGUGACUCAUCCAACCCAAACAGUAAAUCGGCUACGAUCGAAAUGUAUGCGCCCAGCUCGUACAACGAUACCGUCACCGGAGAGACACUGUCGAGCGUUUCGGAGAAGAGCGAUGCAUAUUCGAACGAUGGCAGUCAGCAAGACUUCAUGGAUGAAACACGGAAAAGAGCGGUUUCAACGUACCUUAUCGACGGAGGAGAAAUGCAACCACCGAGAUACCAGCCGGAAAGCAGUUUACCUCACUACGCAAGCAAUACUGGCACGGAUAAUGGAUACAAUCAAGCGGGACCCGUCGAGCAUCUCAAAAACUCCACUAUGGAUGGCUCGUACUAUCAUAUGAACAAUGACCGUUUCUAUCCGCCUAUGGACUAUCCGGGCGUCGAGUUUCCUACACCUCCACUUCCCAUACUACCCUCCGUAGCCCCAACGGAAAGCUCGUCCGAAACGUUACGACGAGUUGCCCGAACGAUGGUACCGCCACCGGAUGUAACGCAUCACACACACCACCGAACCCAUCUGCACGAUGGCAGCGGCAGUCUCUCGUCGACGAUUCCACUCGGCAGUCUCAAUGCCAGUAUUUCACAAGCCGUCCAAUCAACGCCCAAACAACCGCCAGGCAUCCUGAAAGAUCCCAAGCGUAGCAACAGUUCCGCCAGCGGUAGUCACACCUAUUCAACACUGCCACACCAGCAGCAGCUGUACAGUGUGCACAACCCAUCGCCGAUACCAUCGGAUCAGUAUGUUGGAGGACCAAGCGGUGGUUUCUUGGUUAUGGAACCGCAUGGACAUGCCAUGAACGUUGGUACCAGUGCGGGAAGUAGUCUGUUGAUGGGAGCGUACGAUCCACCGUCCGUAGGGUAUACUGAUUCUGACGGACAUCUUGUUUAGUGGAAUGCUGAUGCACGGGAAACCACAUAAAUGACCACGUGUAAUAUUGUGGCUAAGUAUCGGUAUCGGUUCAAUAGGCUUGUGGUAGUCAGCAUUUGUUUCAGGUAAAAACAUUACUUUGAACUGUGUAAUCUGCAAAGUUUGAUGAAUUAAAAUAGUCUAUAGAAUUUUAAAAAUAUGGUGUCAAAAGCAGUAAGUUGCCAAACAUCGAAAGUUUAAUUUUCUCUUUUAAGUUUACGUCCCCAAACAAUAUUAUAUGUAAUCCACACGCAGCCCAUGUGAAGUACCAAAGCUUAAAUGAAAUUUAAAAAAUGACAGCUAUUGGAAAAGUUAUGGUCGAUGUCAAUUAAAUGCAGGAAGCAUCCAAGUUUUUUUAAGGAAAAGGUACAAUUUAGUUUUUUUACAAAAUACAUAAAGUUUUGUUUGCCUUACCAAUUCAAAAAUUGACAAUAACUCAUCAUGAUAUUUUAUUAAAUUCGUUCAACAAAAGGCGUAAAGUUAUCUUAAAACUUUUCUCACUGAAUGGAAGUCCCUUCAAAUAUUGCUUAAAAGUGUUUUUUAUCAUACCGUUAAGUUUAUACGAAAAUUUUUUAUCAAGUUUACGUUACCCUUUCACUUGUACAUACAUCAAUACAUUUUAUUAGAAUUUAAAUAAAAAAUUAUAGGCCAAAGACAUGAAUAUUGUUGCCGUAGAAGUUAACAAGCAAGAACCAAUUUUAAACAAUUUUACCUUUAGUUUUACGAUCAAACCUGUGUCAAUAAUUUGUAAACCAUAAAAGCAUUUUAAACGAA